UCUCCCUAUCACAGCGCCGGAGCUUGUGAGAUGUCGCCCCCGCUGGAUUCGGGGAGCGUCGAGGAGCCCUCUGGGGACCUCCGCAGCGUCUUGGUCACCAGCGUGCUCAACCUGGAGCCGCUGGAUGAGGAUCUGUACAGGGGGAGGCAUUACUGGGUCCCCACAACCCAGAGGCUCUUUGGAGGUCAGAUUGUGGGCCAGGCCCUGGUGGCUGCAGCCAAAUCUGUGAGUGAAGAUGUCCAUGUCCAUUCCUUGCACUGCUACUUCGUGAGGGCAGGGGACCCAAAAGUGCCAGUGUUGUACCAGGUGGAACGGACACGCACAGGAGCCAGUUUCUCUGUACGUUCAGUGAAGGCCGUGCAGCAUGGCAAGGCCAUCUUCAUCUGCCAGGCUUCAUUCCAGCAGACCCAGCCCAGUCCUGUACAGCACCAGUUCUCAAUGCCAUCUGUCUCCCCACCAGAGAAACUUCUUAGUUGUGAGGAGCUCAUUGACAAAUAUUUACGGGACCCCAAGCUACAGGAAAAGUAUCGAAUAGGAUUGAACAGAAUUGCUGCCCAAGAUGUGCCCAUUGAAAUCAAACUGGUGGAUCCACACAGUUUGGGACAGCAGAAGGCCAAGCAGAUGUUCUGGGUUCGGGCUCGGGGUUACAUCGGGGAAGGAGACAUGAAGAUGCACUGCUGUGUGGCUGCCUACAUAUCUGACUACGCUUUUCUGGGCACUGCCAUGCUUCCCCAUCAGCAUCACCAAGUCCGAUUCAUGGUUUCCCUUGACCAUUCCAUGUGGUUCCACGCCCCCUUCCGAGCUGACCACUGGAUGCUAUAUGAGUGUGAAAGCCCCUGGGCUGGGGGCUCUCGAGGACUGGUUCACGGGCGUCUAUGGCGUCGAGAUGGAGUCCUGGCUGUAUCAUGUGCCCAGGAGGGUGUGAUCCGGGUGAAGCAGGAGGAGCUGGAGAGUAAGCUGUAGGAAGAGGCAUGAAGUGCCCCAGACCCUCUGCAGCCAUCCUUGUAUCCUACUCUACCAGGAACUGAGUGAGAGCUAUGUCCUUCCUGCACUUUGCACAUAAUAAAAACGGGUACCACUUG